CCAUCGUCUGUUGAAUCUAACUACAGCCUUUCAAGUUUCAAGAAAAUCCAAUAAGAGAAAAAGAAAAAAACAAUACUGAUAUUUAUAGUCAAUUUCAUAUAAUUGUCAAUAAUUCAACUGGGAAAAAAAAAUCAAAAAUAGGAAAUUUCCAGGAAGUUGAUGAUAUUGAAUCUUCUGGUAGAAAUCCCCAAGUAAGCGGCUGGAAAUGGACUCCAAGUCACUGAGAUUCAUCAACCACCAGUCCUUGUUCGCGGCGGCGCAAUCCGGGGACGUCCAAGCGCUCCGGGAACUCCUCGCGCCGCCGCCGCCGAGCAAUAAUGGCUCCGGCGGGUCCGAACCCGACCCGAAUUCGCUCCUGGCGCUGCAGAACGACGCGGGGAAGACGGCACUGUACGUCGCGGCGGAGAACAACUGCGUGGAGGCGAUCAGGUUCCUCGUCGGGCUCUGCGACUUGCAGACGGCGAAGAUCAGGUGCAGAGGCGACUCCGACGCCUUCUCCGUCGCCGCCGCGCGCGGCCACCUGGGGAUAAUCAAGGAGCUUACAUCCAAGUGGCCGGAGCUCUGCAAAAUAUGCAACUCCUCAAACACGAGUCCUCUCUACUUAGCCGCCGCGCAAGGCCAUGUGGAAGUGGUGAGUGCCAUUCUGGACGCCGACGCGAGCUCGGCGAAGACCGUGAGGAAGAACGGGAAAACCGCACUGCACAAUGCGGCGAGGUACGGUCUGAUGCCUGUCGUGAAGACGCUGAUCGAGAGGGACCCGGAGAUCGUCUCCGUCAAGGACAAGAAAGGGCAGACCGCCCUCCACAUGGCGGUCAAGGGCCAUGACAGUUCGGUGAUAGAGGAGUUAUUGGAUGCCAAUCAUUCCAUACUGAACGAACGCGACAAGAAGGGCAAUACUGCUUUGCACAUUGCCACCAGAAAAGCCCGGCCACAGAUUGUGAAUGUCCUGUUGACUUACACAUCGAUUAAUGUCAACGCAUUCAACAAUCAAAACGAGACGGCGAUGGAUUUGGCAGACAAACUCCAGUACGGAGACUCAUCUCUGUCAAUCAAGGACUCUCUAAUGGACGCCGGCGCGAAGAACGCCAGGUUCAUCGGUCAGGUGGAUGAAGCUAUGGAGCUGAAGAGGACGGUGAGCGACAUAAAGCACGAAGUGCAGUCCCAAGUCAUACAAAACGAGAAAACCCGUAGGCGGGUUUCGGGGAUUGCAAAAGAGCUCAAGAAGAUACACCGAGAGGCGGUCCAGAACACGGUCAACUCUGUGACCCUCGUGGCAGUCUUGUUCGCUUCCAUUGCUUUCUUGGCCAUCUUCAACUUGCCGGGGCAAUACACGGACUCGGGGGAGGCGCGGGUGGCGGAAACCGCCGCGUUCCGCAUCUUUUGCCUCCUCAACGCCACUUCACUGUUCAUUUCCCUGUCUGUCGUCGUUGUCCAGAUAACGCUCGUCGCGUGGGACACACGGGCCCAGAAGAAGGUGGUCUCGGUGGUGAACAAGAUGAUGUGGGCCGCGGGGGUGAGCACGUGUGGCGCGUUUCUGGCGAUCGGGUUCGUCGUCGUCGGGAAGAAAGUCAAGUGGAUGGCCAUCACUAUUACCGGCCUCGGCGUGCCCAUCCUCAUCGGGACAUUGAUCGGUUUGUGCUACGUUAUCCUCCGGCCCCACUUUGGCGGCGGGGACUCUCAGAGGCGGAUCAAACGCGGGAGCGGGAGCAAAUCGUUCUCCUUGUCGUUCUCCUUCAACUUUUCCGAUUUAGACGACUAUAACUCCGACGAGAAGAUCUAUGCUCUGUGAAUUGGACAACUGUUGUGUCGUUUUUUCUGUGAAUGUCUGUGAGAAGGGUAUUUUCUUAUGCCAUUGUCCAAAGCUUUAGGUGCUUUUUUGUUCUUCAUUUUUUUACUCUUGCAUUGUUCAUGAAGAUGUAAUUUGUGUGUUUUAGUGGCAUGGAGAGAUUGGACUAUUGGUAGAUAUAUGUAGGGCUGUACAUAAAGAGUGUAUUAUUAACUUUGUUUUAGUGAAGUCUUUAAAACU